CCGAUGAGCACGUCCGGGCCCGAGAUUGAUUCUCGGGAACACGUGAGCUGCGGGUGUUGCGCAUGGUCCUGCUUUGGACGCGCAAUAGCAAAGACUCAUCGACGGGCUGGGGCGGUGUCUAGGACGGAGCUGAAAUUUAUUCAGCAACGAUCUAGCAAGGAUCAUAUCCUAAUCGCCUCCAGCCCGCAGCACUGCAGUUGUAUGAAUAAUUAACAUGAUCCCAGAUUCUCACUUAUUUCAACAAGAACCCAGUAGCCUUAAAAAGCUACCAACGAACAACAACAACUGAGCUCGACUGUGCAGGACUCCUGUCGUCAGAAAAAUCCCAACGGCGUGAGUCUCCAGAAGAAUGGCGAAGUGCUACAGGCGCACUUUGAAGAUGUAACUUGUUUGGCGGCGUUUCGC